CCUGGAGGGAGACGGAGGCUGGCGGGAGGGCUGGGGGAAGGGAUCCUGGCCUGGAACAACUGCUGACUAAUCGGCAGGCGGGAUCACGCGCCCGUGUGUGCGCGCUGUGGGUUUCGGGCACCUAAGUCUCGACCGGGAGCUGGCGGCCCGACUCCCAAGCGGGACUCCCCCCACCCGGCCUUCCAGGAAUAGAAAACCCAGGCCCACGAAUCGAGUACUUUCCCCUAAGUUACAAAGCUGAAUUCGACUCCGGGACUCCCCCCAUCUGUGCACCACCCGGAACCAUCUUCCUUGCCCUUGACUUCCCAGUCUGUCCUCCUGGCUUCCCAGUAAGAUACGGUUGGAGAUAGAGGCGCAAUGAUACUGCUUGCCUAGGAUGUGUGAGGCCCCGGUUUCCGUUUGCAACACCAAGAAAGAGAAGAGACUGAUCCAGAGGACUCGAGGCCCGGUCCCGAAUGUCCAUGGAUCAGUCCCUUAGUGCUCAGGGAUGGAAUGGUUGUGAGAAGCUUCAAUUUAGGAGACCCUGCCUCCAGCACUGGGGAGCAAAUCUAGGUGCCCAUGUAUGCUAGGUAAGCCUCUCCUGCUGGUCUGCAUCUCUAAUGGUCUUGGUCUCCUGAACCUCCUGCCUCCACCUCCUGAAUGCUAAGAUUACAGGUGUGCACUACCACACUGACCUCAUCAGGACUUUAAGCAUGGCCCAUGGCCAUCCCAGACCCGUGGGCAGCUUACAGCCUCAGGACCACCUCUGACUACCAUCAACCAAACUAUGCAUGUCUGGGACUCUCCCGGCUCACUGUCCCGGGCACUGCCCCUUGCCUCCUCAGUCCUGAUGCUCCUGAUGAGCUGCCUUUGGUUGUUGGGGGCUGGCCCCAGCCUCACAUUGGCUCCAGAGCUGCUGCUGGACCCAUGGCAGGUGCACCGGCUUCUGACCCAUGCUCUGGGCCACACUGCACUGCCGGGCCUGCUCCUGAGCCUGCUGCUCCUUCCCACUCUGGGCUGGUGGCAGGAGUGCCGUCUAGGCACUCUGCGCUUCCUGCACAACUCCGCCCUGCUUGCCUUGGCUGCUGGGCUGCUGGCUGUGCUGCUGGCAAGCCUUGGAGUAUCCAAUGCAGCUGGAGGCUGUGGAUAUAUGCCUGUCCAUCUGGCCAUGCUGGCAGGGCAGAGUUACUACCCUGGAUGGCGUCAGGGGACACUGCCACCAUGGCUGCUCCCAUGGCUACUGCUGGCCCUGACCCUGCUGCUCAGCUCUGAGCCGCCCUUCCUGCAGCUCCUCUGUGGCCUUCUUGCUGGCCUAGCCUAUGCUGCUGGGGCCUUCCGGUGGCUGGAGCUCUCUGAGCGGAGACUGCAGGUGUUACAGGAUGGUGUCCUUUGUAGGACUCUGGCCCAGUGCUGGCCACUGAGGCUCCUUCCCACCCCAGGCAGUCUGACUGAACUGCCUGUCACUUAUCCUGCUGCAGUGAGGCCUGCUACCCCUGGACCUCCCUACCUUGCUCCCCCAAGCUCCUGGUCUCACAGUGAUGGUUCUGCCCAGCUUCCACCAGGCAUGGGGCCUGUGCAGCUGACAUGGAAGGACUCAGAGAGGAACUUGGACUGGGCUGCAUCUAGCUUUGCUCCAGGAACCCCGAUGUGGGCAGCCCUAGAUGAGCAAAUGCUACAGGAAGGGAUCCAGGCUUCACUUCUUGAUGCAUCAGUUCAGGGUUCCCAGAGCUUGACGUGGUUGCCCAAAUCCUCUGGGUCUUCUCUACGGCUGCAGCAGCUAGAGCACAUGGGAUUCCCCACUGAGCAGGCUGCAGUAGCCUUGGCAGCUACAGGGCGUGUGGAGGGCGCAGUGUCACUGCUGGUUGAAGGGCUGGUAGAAACCGAGGCCGUAGUGACUGAGGGGAGGAGUGGUCCUGCCCACUGCAAGGACACUGGACCCUCAUAAUCCAGGAAAAGAGCAGGAUCUUCGGCCUGACCUGAGUCCUUGCCCAGUCUGUUGAGGACAUCCCUGAGGGCAGGAGUGGGCCCCGGCAUGUUCUAAUGCUUCCUAAGAAUAAAAGCUGAUGUUUUCAACCUGG